UGUAUUUUCAUACCAAAAUAAUACCACCAUGAGCGAAUGACGUUAAAAACCUAAUCCCCUAUUGUGUGCCUUACCUCGGUCACUCAGUUUUCAUUGUCCUAAUUUGUGCGGGGGUAUACUGCGCCGGGUCAAUAAACCCGUAGUUAACUUUCACACCAUUUGCCCGUGACUCUGCACAAAAUCGCAUGCACUUGUUCCAUAUCCCAUUUGAAUGCUGCUAGUUGCAUGCUCUGGAACCACGAACCUGCCUAUAAUUAUAUAGGCCUAGGGCUGGCUGAUGAUCUGAAACACGUCAGAUAAGUAGUUAUAUUACAGAUACCAGAUAGGCAUUGACGAACUGGCAAAAUGAGCUUUCCAGCGAACGGUGACUACCAAGAAAGUGGUAGAUACAAUCAACAUGGCAUCAUAAUGCGCAAUAUUGGCAAGCUGACGUUUCGACCGGAGGAUGUCGUUUUAGACGUUGGCUGUGGUGCGGGCGAAGAGACGAAGGCACUAGCCUCGAAAGUCAGCAGUGUAACCGGUGUCGACACUUCAGAGGAGAAGGUAGCCUUCGCUCGUGCUAACAACUCAGAACCCAGUGUAACUUACGGUUUGGGAGACGCACAGACCAUCGGAGACAACCCAGACUAUCUGGGAAGAUUCGACAAGGCUGUCAGCUUCUUCGUUCUUCACUGGUGCCCGGACCCCGCUAAGGCACUCAGGAGCAUCUUGGCUUGUCUCAAGCCGGGAGGGGAGGGGCUGCUCAUGGUUGGUAACCGAACGACAUUUCCUCCCGAUGUGCGCGCGUUCUUAGGCAGUCACGCCCGUUGGGGAGAAUACGUGAAGGGCUUCAAGGGUUCGCAAUACUUUUGGAAACGAUCCAUCUCAGAGGCCGAGGAGUUAAUGGCGACGUGUGGCUGGACGAAGGUGCAAUGUGAGAUUCAACAUCGUCUGCCAACCACGGAACUCCAAACAAAAUUAUUCUUCAAGACUGCAAUUGGCAUAACAGCGAGAAUACCGGAGUCGGACCAGGAGGCAUAUCUGGAGGAUCUCUGGCAGUGGGCGUUGUCUCGAUACCAAGUCGAGACCCAAGACGGACAUGUCUGCAUUCCAAUCGAGUAUUUAGUCAUACACGCUUGCAAGCCUCUCUAAAGUCACAGACAAUCUGCGAUCGCUUACAGAAUGUCUGCGGUGUCUAAAGACGUUCGUUUUCAUAACUGAUCAUUCUGUCAGUUAGUUCGUAAUUUGCUUGCUCUCCUGAUUUGAAUUAUCGAAUCUAUCUUAGGAAACAGACAGACUAUUGCUAGAGUACAUUUGGAGCAGUUGUUUAAAACUGUAUAAGGGGCCUAAGUUCCUCGAUCCCGACACUCUUGGGGUGACCACAGCUUCUCUCACGCAGGCCCAACUCUCUGGAACAGUCUACCCCUCUCUAUCCGUCAAGCUCCCUCUUCGGUCUCCUUCAAACAAGAACUCAAAACCUACCUGUUCACACUCUAAUAUCCUCUUCGGCUUGCACCUUGCAAUUCAUACGUCUUGGACCAAGCAUUUAUAAUUUGUAGUUUGUCAUUUAUAAUUUUGUCAUUUAUAAAUUUUGUAGUUUGUACUUACUCUUUGUAUAGCGCCAUGAGCGUCACCGAAUGAUGGACCUGUUUGCGCUUAAUAAGAUGCCACUAUUAUUAUUAUUAUUAUUAACAAGCAAGGUUAAACCGUCCAUUCGGAUGAAAAAAAUACCGGAAUUAAUAAUCAGUCAUUGUCAUAGCAUAAUAAUAAUAAUAACCGUAUUUAUAUAGCGCCUUUUCCAAAGGAUAAAAAACGCUGGGGAGAAUGCAACCAAAGACAGGUAAAUGAAGUAUAUGAACAUAAUUAUGAGACCCAUUAUCUAGCACCUUUUUGCUAGGUGCUGCGGCGCAUAUUGCUGCCACUGCCAGAAGCACCGGUGCAAACACACGGUACCUACGGCUUUACGUCCCAUCCGAAGGACGAAGCAAUAAUGGUAAAGUGCCUUGCUCAAGAGCACAAGCACCAUGUUCCCACGGUCAGGAUUCGAACCCAUGUACCACGGCACACGGAGUCAAACACCAUAACCAUUGGACCACAGCGCCCCACGGCAUUUGGUCUACCUGUCCCAAAUUAACUUUAAAAGCCUAAUCAAGGUGUUUAUAAGAACAAGAAAUCAAAUGGGUUAAAUAAACAAAACCAACAAGUUGGUACUGAAGUGAAUCAGUUUAAAUCAAUUUUAGCGAGGCAGGAACGAAUAUUAAAUAAAAGGUCGAUGCUUAAAGGAGCCCGAGUAUAUAACACUUGAAUGUCGGCAAAACAUUUUUAAGUUGGUUGCUCAAACGAGAGAAGGCUUAAAGUUAAAUCCUUAUAACUGUACUGUGGAAUACCUUGGGAAUUCCUUAAGUGAAAGGCAGUGUAAAAAAGACAAACAGGUAUACAACAGAGUGCAUUUUAGUCCUUUCUUUCCACACGCCAAACAAGACGACGGUGGCUCAGGGUUUUGUUGACUGAAGACUGUGAAGUCCACCUUUAAACGUCCAAUUUGGUUCUAUUAUAUACCUGCAUAGCUCUGUCGUGAUUGUUUAGACCUAUCGAUCGAUCAUAGUGCAAAUAUUAUCGCGCCUGAACAAAUACUGCAGAUGGAGCGUGAUUGGUUGUAGCCUUCUGCUCAGCUGUGAUUUAUGGCGUGCAUAUCCGUGUAUUACUGGAUAAACCAUUAUGAUAAUCACAAAAUGAGUUCCUAAGUCAUGUUUUUUAAUAAUGAAUAAUUAUCAAAAAAUGGAUAAUAGCAGUACAUUUUCUGAACAGUAAUGUAAAUUCAAGGUAACUUUUUCCAAGUUGCAAAGACGGUAAUCGUUACAAAGCCCACAUCUUGGCUUAACAAGGAA